CAAUCGCUUGUCAGAAGUCAUACCUUGUGGCGCUGGUUAUAUUACUAAAUAUGGAUGACAAAUUUAAAGAGUUGGAAUGUGCUUCUAUCAGGUCAUUGAUCAGUCUACGGACUUCAUUAUCUAAGGAAGUUUCUGCCUCUGUUUCUAGUAAGAUUUACUUGUGGUGAUAUCUAGUGCUUAUAGGAAUCAGAAGACAAUUUCAACGAGCUCAAAAUGGUGUUGACAGCGAAGUCCGUCGCCUGCAGGACGAGAACGAAUCUUUAAAAAGAUCGUUAAAGCACAUGGAGGAUGUCAUGAAAGGCAAAGAAAUGGAGAUAUGCGGUUUGCGUCGCCAAGUACAAAGCUUUUCUUCUGGGGGAGCUAUGUGCACUGUAUGCUCCCGAACAGUCAAUGUCACAGCUGACUUGUUGGGUGCUGAGAGAUGCAAAACAAAGUCCAUCUUAAAUCAUAAACGUCCUCAUUUGAAUACUUCAGCAUCAGAUGGUGCAUCCGUUUCGACCUCGAGCAGCAGUAUCAAGCAACCAAUCAAGAAACGCCCAUGUGUCCAAGACACUGUGACGGAGAGUAUCCUGGACAACCAUGUCAACACAACACCUACUGGCACUCGUAAAUCCCCAUCUGGGGAAGCUGAUCAAAGUCAGCAUGAUGAAACAUCUAACACCGAAUCAACAACACUAACGAAUAGUGUGUUUCCCGUAGGCUCACUCAGUCCACCUUCAGAAAUAUACGAUGCCUCCUUAGCGAUUAAAAAUGCCGUAAACCACAAUGAUUUGGCAGAUUACGAUGUUACAUGUCGAGAUUCUUCUAUGCAAGACCAACCACAAUUGCCAAAAAAGCUGAAUCCGCACCAGCUUUUAUACAAAAGACGAAGCAGGCCCGUCGGCGCUGAGUCUGCCCCACAGAAAAUUAUUAACAAG